AGCAUUGGCUUUGUGGGGAAGCGUUUGCUUUGCGUUGUUGCUCGUGCUACAGUGAACUAGUCCACUGCACUCGUGCUUCGCCGGCUGCGUAAGUUUUCGUGUGGUUAUUCCCGACACAACAAACCAAAAUGAGCAAGGCACAUCCUCCAGAGCUGAAGAAGUACAUGGACAAGAAGCUGUCGCUGAGGCUCAACGCAAGUCGUGUCGUCACCGGGAUCCUGCGUGGCUUUGAUCCGUUCAUGAACCUUGUCCUGGACGAGGCUGUUGAGGAAACAAAGGGAGGAGAGAAACACAACAUCGGCAUGGUCGUUGUCAGGGGAAACAGCGUCAUCCUUCUUGAGAGCCAAGACAGAAUAGGCUGACACCGUGGAUACAAGGCGGCCUUUUGCAGCCAUUCAUUCCCAUCGCAUUCUUCUCAUUCACAUUCUUGCAUUAUUAUUUUGAUGUCAAUAAAUAUGCCAUAAAACCGGGA